AUGUGGCAAUUACUGUUGCUCUCCGCUCUCUCCGUUCUCAACGUCGCGCAGUGUGAUCACCACGUUUGCCCUAGCGGCUACAGCCGCGGCCGAUAUCUCGAUGCAUCGACACAAAAUUACCUUCUCUGCUGGAAAGUGGAUUGGACUGACAAGUCGAUCACGUUCUUAGCCAAAGUCGCCACGACAGGAUGGAUAGGGCUCGGUUUCUCAUCAACAGGCUUCAUGCCCAACUCCGAUGUGAUCAUCGGAUGGGUGAAAGACGGUCAAGGAUACUUGAAGGAUCGUUUCGCAACUGCGAGGUUACAGCCGCCAAUUGACGAAAUCCAAAACGUCAAACUGUUGUCGUUCAGUGAAGCAGACGGAAUGACGACGCUGGAAUUCAAACGAGACCUCGACGCCUGCGAGCCCAGAGACAAAAGCAUUCAGGAAGGAACUAAUCGAGUCAUCAUUGCCUAUCAUCCUAGUGAUCCCGUCUCAGAAACAACUGUGGCCAUGCACUCGUUCGCUACAAGAGUCAGCGUCAAUCUACUGAGCGGAACAGGGAACGUGAAAUCUGCACAUCUGGAGGACAAUUACAAAACAGUCGAUGUCUUGAAUAGAAAUGUGUCUUUGUCUGCUAAGCCGACUACCUAUUGGUGCACUCCGUUUAAACUGCCUGAAUUACAAAAGGAGGCUCACAUAAUUGGAAUCGAGCCGCUAGUGCAGGCAAACCACAAAAAGCUGGUGCAUCACAUAUUGAUCUACACGUGCCAUGCUGGACUUGAUCCUUAUUUGGAUACGUCGUGGGAUUGCUUUGAUUCACCUAACUCUAUACCUUUGUCUAUUCAAGCAUGCAUCUUGUCGGCUGAAAUUGCAGGAUGGGCCAUUGGAGGAUUGGGUGUUUUCCUUCCCUCCCAAGUUGGGCUCCCUAUGAGCGGUCGGACUGGGAUUCAAUACGUUCUCAUGGAAACACACUAUAACAACGAGGAACGUAGAGCAGAUUACGUAGACAGUUCUGGUCUACGGAUCUUCUACACUCCGACCAAACGGCAGUAUGACGCAGCUAUCGUGGAAUUCGGCCACGUGGAAAGUUUGUAUGCUAUUCAGUUGCUUUUGCCACCGGGCAGAGAUAACAUCAUAACUGAAAACAUUUGCCCUGCAGCUUGCACUCAGACGGGUCUGCCUCCAGGUGGAGUAAAUGUUUUUGGUACACUGCUGCAUUCACACAUUGCCGGAAGAAGCAUUUGGAUAGAGCACUUUCGAAACGGUGUCCAACUACCUAAUAUUGACAGCAAUUACAACUACGACUUCAGCUUUCAGGAGGUUACGUUGCUGAGAAACGAAGUAAAAAUUCUACCUGGAGACGAAGUUAAAGUGAUCUGUGCUCAUGACACAACAGGCAGACAACGUGUGACUAUCGGUGGACUAGGCACUUUAGACGAAAUGUGUCAAGCCUUUAUUUUCGUGUAUCCCAAGCCAGAUCUUUCCUUCUGUUUGAGUCAAAAUCUUAAAUCAAAUUUUGAAAAUUAUAUCCGAGACGCCACCAGGAUGGGUUACUUUACUGACUUGAGAGACACCUCAGCGGAUCCAAUAACGCAAUACAAGCAGUAUGUUCAAAGUAUUGUAAGCAUGAAUUUCAGCACCGAAGCCGCAUACACUCUCUGGAAUCAACAGUACCGAUCUACUAAGGAAAGAGAGUACGAAUGCACUGGUACAUUUCAUAACAACCUACUGGGAGCAAAAGAUUUCAAUUACACUGUGUUUCCUACGAUUACACAGUCUCUGACUGAUGCUCCCACAGCAACUGGGGCACCCAAGUCGUGUAGAGGUGUCGUCACGGCAACCAAGUCUCCUACUAGCUCAGCUUUUGAUUUUACUUCCAAUUCGUUCUGGGCUGUUUUUCUUUUUGUCGUUGUUAUGUUGAUGAACUGAUAGCGUUUCAAUUGAACGCGAAAUCCGUUUCCUGUCUUGUCGAGUUGACAGCUGUAGAUGUAAACCCUAACUAAAGUGCAGUUGCAAUGUUUGUGGUCGUUGUGUUUGCACAUGUUUGACGUCUUUCCUAAUGACGAAGCAGAGACACGAUCUGAAAUAAAAUUAGAAUGUAUAGAAACCUUGUGAGGUGCGAUUCUUGUCAAGCUCUAUUAAUAAAUGGGAUCU